AUGAGCUUUCUUAGCUUGCAGCAGGCGGCGCCGCCGCGGCGGGUCUCGGCCCGGCGGGCGGCCGCCCCGAUCCGGCAGAAGCUGCUGUUCCUGAGCGGCCACAGCGACUGCGAAGAGGAGGAGGACGACGAGGAGGAGGAAGGCGGCAGCAGCGGCAACAGCACCGGCGAGGACUCGGCCUUCCAGGAGGCAGACUCGCCGCUCUCGGCGGCUCGCACCCCGGCGCGGGGCGACCCGCCCCUGCUGGAGGAGGAGGAGGAGGAGAUGGAGCCAGCGGCGGCGCCGCUGCCGGACGAGGGGGACUCGUGGGAGGAGGAGGGGUUCGGCUCCUCGCCGGUGAAGUCGCCCGGAGCCUAUUUCAUGGCCGGCUCGCCGUCGCCGCCGCCCCCCUACAAGGGCCGCCGCUACUGCGGGCGCUCCCCGCCGCAGCCGGCAGCGAGCGGUUACCGGCUGCGGAGCGAGGAGCCCAGCUCGCCGGUGCCCGACUACCCCGGCACCCCGCCUCACAAGACCUUCCGCAAGCUGCGCCUCUUCGACACGCCGCACACCCCCAAGAGUUUGCUUUCUAAAGCACAAGGAAUAGGCUCCAGCUCAGUCAAACUUCGAGGGGGCUCUCUAUUUAUGAAUGUUGGGAAAUCAGAGAAGCAAGAAGAAGAUAUUAGGCAAACACCUCAUGUGAACAUCAAUCCCUUCACUCCUGAUUCCAUGUUCCUUCACAACUCUGAAGGAAACUGUCGUAGGAGGAAGAGAACGCACUGGAAUGACUCUUGUGGAGAAGACAUGGAAGCAAGUGAUGGAGAGCCUGAAGAUGAAACUAUCAGACCUGCUAAGAGGAUAACAAUAACAGAAAGUAAUAUGAAGUCACGGUAUGCAACCGAAUUUCAUGAGUUGGAGAAGAUUGGAUCUGGUGAAUUCGGUUCUGUGUUUAAAUGUGUGAAGAGGCUUGAUGGCUGUAUUUAUGCAAUAAAGCGAUCCAAGAAACCCUUAGCUGGCUCAGUAGAUGAGCAAAAUGCUUUAAGAGAGGUCUAUGCGCAUGCAGUUCUGGGACAGCAUUCUCACGUAGUAAGAUACUACUCUGCAUGGGCAGAAGAUGAUCAUAUGCUUAUACAGAAUGAAUAUUGCAAUGGUGGCAGUUUAGCAGAUGCCAUAAGUGAAAAUUACAGGAAUAUGCGUUAUUUUACUGAACCAGAACUGAAGGACCUGCUACUUCAGGUGGCUCGGGGCUUAAAGUACAUUCAUUCAAUGUCGCUGGUACACAUGGAUAUCAAGCCUAGUAAUAUUUUCAUAUCUAGGACAUCAGUCCCAAGUACAACUUCAGAAGAAGGUGAUGAUGAUGACUGGUCAUCUGAUAGAGUCAUAUUUAAAAUAGGUGACCUUGGUCAUGUAACUCGAGUAUCUAGUCCACAAGUGGAGGAAGGUGAUAGCCGUUUUCUGGCAAAUGAAGUCCUACAAGAGAACUACACUCAUUUGCCAAAAGCAGAUAUUUUUGCUCUUGCUCUGACUGUUGUCUGUGCUGCUGGGGCUGAACCACUUCCAACUAAUGGGGACCAAUGGCAUGAAAUUCGACAAGGAAAACUACCUAGAAUACCACAAGUGCUUUCUCAAGAAUUACUAGACUUACUAAAAGUUAUGAUUAAUCCUGAUCCAGAAAAAAGGCCUUCAGCUGUGGCACUAGUCAAGCAUUCAGUGCUUCUUUCUGCCGCAAAGAAGAGCGCAGAGCAGCUCCGGAUAGAACUGAAUGCUGAAAAAUUCAAAAACUCACUCUUGCAGAAAGAGCUGAAGAAGGCACAGAUGGCAAAGGCCGCAGCUGAGGAGCGAGCACUGUUCACUGACAGAAUGACAACUAGAUCUACGACACAAAAUAGACCCUCUCGACUCAUUGGAAAGAAAAUGAACCGCUCAGUUAGUCUUACUAUAUACUAACUAUGAAGUCUAAAAGAACUACUGAGGAUGGCUAUAGCAUCUCUGCCAGACUGCAGUCUAAGGAAUUGAAGGAAGCAUUCAAUUCCUGGUUUCUUCUCCUGUCUUUGAUCAGUGUCACUAGUUUUACAGGAAUUGCUUCUGGGUUUUUACUUGUACAAUAUGGCUGAUUAGCUGUAUUAACCAUUUGAGUUAAUGGACUCAGUUACUAUUUUGUCUAUAGAGGAUCCUGGAUGUUAAUCCAUAAGCCUUUCAGUUACACUGUUAGAUGUUACAUCAUCCCAGGGUUAACCACUAUAGUGGUGUGCUGCUUUGUAGUGUUACAGCAUUGUAAUAAAAAGUAAUAUCCCUAAUGAUCUUUAAGAGGGAGG